UCUCUUCAGGCAACCUGUAUGGUGGAUAUAAUAUUCAGCUCUUCUUUUUUGGAUGAUAUGGGGGAUCAUUCCAAAAAGAAGUCCGGACUUGCGAUGUGUGUAGGCUGCGGCAGUCAGAUCCAUGACCAGUAUAUUCUGCGGGUCUCCCCUGACCUGGAGUGGCAUGCAGCCUGUUUGAAAUGCGUGGAGUGCAACCAAUACCUGGACGAGAAGUGCACUUGCUUCGUACGGGACGGGAAAACGUACUGCAAGAGAGAUUAUGUAAGAUUGUUCGGUAUAAAAUGCGCAAAAUGCACUUUGGGCUUCAGCAGCAGUGAUUUGGUCAUGAGAGCUCGGGACAGUGUGUAUCACAUCGAGUGUUUCCGCUGCUCGGUGUGUAACCGGCAGCUUUUGCCCGGGGACGAGUUCUCCGUCCGGGACGAGGAACUGUUGUGUCGAGCAGAUUAUGGUCUGGCCCUGGAGCGCGGAUCAGGCAGCAGCCCUCUCAGUCCGGGACCAAUCAAAAGCAGAGGACUGCAUAUGGCAG